AUCACAAGAUGAGAUCUCUUUUAUAUCAAGAUGUGAGUCAUAGCGCCAACUAGUAUAUAUACAACUGUAUUCUGAGGUGAUAAUUAUAAUUAUAAAAAUUAAAAUUAUCCUCACUUAUUUACAUAAAAUUAUUAUUAUGCCUGUUGGAAUUGUACAAGUCAUGAACAAUACUGGUUUUAAACUUUACUAUAAUAAUAUUGAAAGUGGGCGUACAUUUGAAAUUGAUCCAAAGACACAACAAUAUGAAAAUUAUGGUUGGAUACCAUGUUCAGACUUUUAUGAUGACACACUUCCUUAUGCUAGUUCUGGUAAACAUAUUAAAAUACAACUUAAUAAUUACACACCAAUGAAAAUUUCAGACAAUAAUUGGAAAUUUAAAAUUGUUGGUCCUACUGGUCCUUCAGGUGAAGAAACAGAGGAUUGGUAUGGUUCGUUAAGAAAUGGGGAUAAAUAUAUUAUAAGAUUAGAUGAGGUUAAGGACAAUUAUGGAAGUAAAUUUUCUAUUAUGGCUUAUGAAUAUGAAGAUAAAUAUAAGUCCACAGGUGGUCAUAUUGUAUCUCAAAUAAUUCAACAUGCAGCUGCAGCUUUUGGAAUUGUCUUAAUGGCGAAGAUUUAGUUAUUUCUUAUGUUUGUAUUGUAGGAGUGGUAAGGUAUAGGUUGUGGAAUUAGAUAUAUGAAUACAUAAUUAUAGUAUGGGUGGGAAGUACAGAAAGUAUCUAAUUAUGUAUCUCUAAUAGUGAGGCGAAAAUUUGAAAAAUUUGAUAUUUUAACAUUUUAACUAGUAAAGUUUCAAUUUUUUUCUUUAGUGAGGAAUUUAAGACAUAUAUUUAUUAUUUAUAAGAAAUUUAAGAGAGCAGGUUCUGUGACUUAUCACGAUUUUAUUUUAUGAUCAGCUUCUGUUUUGUUUUAUAAUUAAAUUAUUCUUUUUUUUUUCUUUGUU